GUCCUGUUCGUUAGGGUUAUCGACGUGUAUAAUGGUGCAGGGAAAGUGAGACUGUGUAAAACAAAGCGGAUUGGGGCGUUGUGCUUCCUUUUGCCUCGUGAGCCUCCGUUGCCUUGGGCGGUCGUUUUGCGCACCCUGCUGGGAGUUGUAGUCCUGGACCCGAAGGUGCCUGGGAGGCGGGAGGGGGGUUGGGGCUUCUCAGCGCCGAUUCCGCGGGAAGGGCCCUGGGGCCUCACACUUCUAGUCGCGGGAGCUGCAGGUCUUACCCGGAGAGACGCUGCACGUGGAGCCCGCGCCGCUGCCGUUCUCAGCCGGCUCUGGAGUGCGGGCGGGGGCGAUAGGGCCGAUUCCGGAGCGGGACUGAUCCUUUGAAAUACUCCAGCCAUGACUAAAAGAGAAGCAGAGGAGCUGAUAGAAAUUGAGAUUGAUGGAACAGAGAAAGCAGAGUGCACAGAAGAAAGCAUCGUAGAACAAACCUACGCGCCAGCUGAAUGUGUAAGCCAGGCCAUAGACAUCAAUGAACCAAUAGGCAAUUUAAAGAAACUGCUAGAACCGAGACUACAGUGUUCUUUGGAUGCUCAUGAAAUUUGCCUGCAAGAUAUCCAGCUGGAUCCAGAACGAAGUUUAUUUGACCAAGGAGUAAAAACCGAUGGAACUGUACAGCUUAGUGUACAGGUAAUUUCUUACCAAGGAAUUGAACCAAAGUUAAACAUCCUUGAAAUUGUUAAACCUGCGGACACUGUUGAGGUUGUUAUUGAUCCAGAUGCCCACCAUGCUGAAUCAGAAGCACAUCUUGUUGAAGAAGCUCAAGUGAUAACUCUUGAUGGCACAAAACACAUCACAACCAUUUCAGAUGAAACUUCAGAACAAGUGACAAGAUGGGCUGCUGCACUGGAAGGCUAUAGGAAAGAACAAGAACGCCUUGGGAUACCCUAUGAUCCCAUACAGUGGUCCACAGACCAAGUCCUGCAUUGGGUGGUUUGGGUAAUGAAGGAAUUCAGCAUGACCGAUAUAGACCUCACCACACUCAACAUUUCGGGGAGAGAAUUAUGUAGUCUCAACCAAGAAGAUUUUUUUCAGCGGGUUCCUCGGGGAGAAAUUCUCUGGAGUCAUCUGGAACUUCUCCGAAAAUAUGUAUUGGCAAGUCAAGAACAACAGAUGAAUGAAAUAGUUACAAUUGAUCAACCUGUGCAAAUUAUUCCAGCAUCAGUGCAAUCUGCUACACCUACUACCAUUAAAGUUAUAAAUAGUAGUGCAAAGGCAGCCAAAGUACAAAGAGCGCCGAGGAUUUCAGGAGAAGACAGAAGCUCACCUGGGAACAGAACAGGAAACAAUGGCCAAAUCCAACUAUGGCAGUUUUUGCUAGAACUUCUUACUGAUAAGGACGCUCGAGACUGUAUUUCUUGGGUUGGUGAUGAAGGUGAAUUUAAGCUAAAUCAGCCUGAACUGGUUGCACAAAAAUGGGGACAGCGUAAAAAUAAGCCUACGAUGAACUAUGAGAAACUCAGUCGUGCAUUAAGAUACUAUUAUGAUGGGGACAUGAUUUGUAAAGUUCAAGGCAAGAGAUUUGUGUACAAGUUUGUCUGUGACUUGAAGACUCUUAUUGGAUACAGUGCAGCAGAGUUGAACCGUUUGGUCACAGAAUGUGAACAGAAGAAACUUGCAAAGAUGCAGCUCCAUGGAAUUGCCCAGCCAGUCACAGCAGUAGCUCUGGCUACUGCUUCUCUGCAAACAGAAAAGGAUAAUUGAGCCCCAGGACAUUCUGGGACUCCAGAAUCUUUCUUAAAAUGUUUAGAGCAAGUAUAGCUCUUACCUUUAUUACCGAAUUUGAAUCUUCUUAUUUCUAGGCUGUACAGUCUGAUGCAUGAUUUUUUUAUAAAUAUUUCAUACUCUUGUGAAUUUGGAUCUUUUUACUUUGAGCAUAUAUUUUAGAAUAUGUGUAUGUUAAAGGAUCUCCACAAUGUCUGCAGUGUGAAGGCAGGUUCAUUGUGGAAUAGUUUGUUAACAGUCAGGAAAGCUAAACUGGUCAGUAUUAAUGUGUAGCCCUACGAAAAAUAGCCAGUAGUAUCUGAAAAUGAAAAAUAAAUGAAGUAUCUCUAGGAAACAGUCUGGCUUAACUAUUUUUGAAAAUAUAACUGUUUCCCCUCUGCUGCUUUAGAUGUUGCUUUACAUAGAUCCAGAAAAUGGAAUUUCUCAGCUAAAGCAUGUGUGCCUGUUUCAUCUAAUCAAGCAGAGCUAAAAUGUUCAUACCGAAUAAAUUUAUAUUAAUAAAU